UUCAAGACGACAGUUAAAAGAUGUCAAAAAAAUCAACUGCUAGGACGGGCAGCGAAGGUGAUGGUGAUUGCAAUUUAUCUGACCUAUAUCCCAAUGUUUGUUCUGGUUCUUCAUCAUAUAGAAGCACAAAAGACAUAGACCGUUGCCAUACUGAGGGAUACUCACGCCUAUGUUCUGGAUACUCCUCCCGACAAAUAAGAGGUAAUACAUGAUAUUAUUUUAACCUAAGCCUAAAGCUGCUGUGUUUUAAGAAUAGAAGGAGGGCCAUUCGGAGACACGGCCUACGCAAAAAAGCUACCAGAAGCCAGCGACUACGUAAUUCUUAUGCUUCAAAAUGAUGUGUCAAAUUCGUCAGAAGAUAGUGGUUCAGAACUAUACAGCCUAAGAAACGAUUACAUUGAAAAGCUUAAUAUCCUUAGACAGAGACUAAACCUCAUAGAGCUUCAACAAUCAAGAAGCAAUGAGUGUAGUGGUGGCUGUAAGAUCACAGAAAUUCACGAUGUUGACCCUCAGCCCUCUACAAGUACACCAAAGAAUGCCGAAAAGGAAGCGGUAGUAUUUUACCACUCUCAACAAACUGAGGUAGAAGAACAAUAUUUUGGAAGCCACUCAGCACAUAGAUCUGACACCGUAGAGCUUGAGACUAUCCAUCCAUUUUCCUUGAACUUCUCUGCUGAUACAAAAUCCAUCACCAAAUUAUUUGAGGUAGAGUACAAUCCACCUAAAAAGAAGUCAUGUUUUAGACUAAAAACACCCAAACUUACAUCAUGUUCGGAAAGUAGUCUACCGUAUCAUACGAAGGUUGGUUUACAUGAAGGUAUCUUUCAACCAGACUCUAAAGGGCGUGAGGCUCAAGAAGCUGAACGAAUUAUAAGAGAAGGUGUGUCAAAAUUUUGCUCAAAUAAAGAGACGCAGUGUUCAAAAGAAGAUUUUAGGAGCCAUAUGUAUAACAGUGACGUUAUUGUUAUUAACUUGACCGAGGAAUCUGAUGAAGGUUGUGUGAAUGCAUUUCCUAAAGCAAAAGUUGAUUCUAGGAGGUCAGAGAAUUCAGAAGAAACCGACAGUCAAGCAGCGUCACCAAUACUUGAAGAAGAAUUAUACUAUCCUAUUUUCGGUAAUAGAGAACAUUAUGUAUCAAAUAAGAAACGAGGUUGGAUAUGUAAAGUUUCAUCUGAUAGCUAUGAUACUAACACAUCUAGUGGAGGAACUCCUUCUAGGCCUAGUCCACUAAAGAAACGUUUUACUCGGAACAAAAUAAGUCCUGGAAAAAAAAUUCCUUCAAGUGAAGCAAAAAGAAUGCGCUCAACCAGAGAGUUUUUGGCCAAAAACUCACCAGAUGCUUCUCAACCACAUUUCCAAAAAAGUGUUCUUCAAGGCAUUAGAGAAGAAUCUUAUAAGCAUGGGAAACAAGAGUACAUAACACCGCCCAAUCUAAGUUACGUCACAUAUAGGCUAACCGCUGAACGGUUAAAGUCCUCACCAAUACACGGUGAGAAAAAGACUCCUGUGCCUUUUGGACCAACAAUUGUCAAUAAUUUUGAAAAAAGUCAGCCACAUGAGGACAGGUUCAAUUUCUACAAUACCUCAGAACCUUCUGAGGAUGACAAGCGGUUCGAACACUAUUAUGGUGUUAUGGAUUCUGAUACUUCUGGAUCAUAUUCAAGAAACAGUGGACUUUGGAGCAGACUGUUGUCAUGUUUCCAGCCAAUGUUCAGCUUUCUAUCAAGAUGAAGGUGAUUUAAGUAAGAAUAAAGUGGAUAGACAUAAAUGCAACUACUACGGGUCUUGCGUUUGUAAGGAUUAUCACUGUUUUAUGCUUCUGGCUAAAUUGAUUCACUUUGAACUGUUACGAAACAUCUUAACUGUAUUUGAUUCUAGACAUGUAAAUAGAUCCGCUUUAUCAUUCAAGAC